AGGAAGAAAGAAAGAAAGAAGCUAGGGAGGCAAAGAUAGGCAUAGAGCACAGAUGAUGAUGAGAACAAGGAGAUAUUUUUCAAGAUAAAAAACUUUGAUCUGAAACUAUUGGCAGACUUUUUGGGGCUGGGUUAUGCAUCACUUAUCCAAAAAGAUAACAAUUGAUUGGAAAGUUGGUGGGAUGGUCAAAAGGCCCUUGUGGGAAAGCAAUGUGUGGAUGAUUGCGUCUAGAAUUGCUGCAUGCAUGGGCUAUUUUGUCGUUGCACAUUGAUGUUGAUAUUUCCUUAUCAGACUUUCAGAUUCUGCCGUCACACAGGCACCUGGAAAAAGAGAAUUUCGUUUGAACAAGCAUAAUCGGACUGCUGAAUUCUUUGAAUGAGUCAGUAUCAUAGACAUAGGAAUAGCAUUGCUCUUUAUUGCUCAUUAACUACAUCUGUAUAAACAGCUUAGGCAUUGCUGUCUUUGCAUGCUUUUUUUUAUCCGCGAAAAAGAGAUUUUAACUCUAUUUUGAACGAGGUAUCACUUAUCAUUGAAUUAAAUGAUUAGGUACACGUGGUAACCUCAGGAGAUUAGUUUCAUUGGCAAGUGAUCAGCACAGUUCUUAUGUUGUUGACAUCUUGGUUUUGGUGCUUUGAUAAGUGUAUGUAUCUUACGCACUCGUCCUCAUAUUAAGAACGAAGGAUUACUUUGGGUAGAUUAAGGGUAAGAAUGCAAAAGAAGUGAAACAUUUUCUAAAAGCUAUAGCAUGCAAAGAUUGUUGACAAAGUAGUAGUUAAUUCAUGAGCUUCACAACUUAUCUACAUUUUAGCAAACCUGGCUCUUGUUUGCUUUACUCCUUAUAAGAAACAAUAUUUCCCCCCCAAGUCAUUUCAUCAGCAAAUUACAUUUCUAUUUUUCUGUUCAUUUUUAAUCUAAGAUGGAAGAAGAAAAGAGUUUUUUCUCAGUUUUUUCUUCCCCAGAUGGAUGCAACAUGGGGAUGUUGAUGCUAGCUUGCAUGGUUAUUUCAUGGAUCUUCACCUACAGGUGGAACCAGAGAAACAGAAAAGGCCCGAAAACAUGGCCGCUUAUUGGAGCAUCGAUCGAACAAUUAAUGAACUAUGAUCGAAUGCAUGAUUGGCUUGUCAAAUACCUGUCCGAAUCCAAAACUGUAGUAGUUCCAAUGCCAUUUACAACUUAUACUUACAUUGCUGAUCCUGCUAAUGUCGAACAUGUCCUUAAGACCAACUUUGCCAAUUACCCCAAGGGUGAAACGUAUCAUUCUUACAUGGAAGUGCUGCUUGGUGAUGGGAUUUUCAAUGUCGAUGGUGAUCUAUGGAAAAAGCAAAGGAAGACAGCUAGCUUUGAGUUUGCUUCCAAGAAUUUGAGGGAUUUCAGCACUGUAGUCUUCAGGGAAUAUAGUCUAAAGCUCCAUUCUAUUCUAAAUCAAGCUUCUUUCUCCAACCUAGAAAUAGACAUGCAGGACUUGUUGAUGAGGAUGACUUUGGAUUCCAUAUGCAAAGUUGGGUUUGGUGUAGAAAUUGGAACCCUGGCUCCCAGUUUACCAGAUAACCGCUUUGCUCAGGCUUUUGAUACCGCAAACAUCAUUGUGACACUUCGGUUCGUUGACCCACUGUGGAGAUUGAAAAGAUUUCUCAAUGUGGGCUCCGAAGCUCUACUUGGCAAGAGCAUCAAAGUCAUCGACCAGUUCACAUACAACGUCAUAAGGCGAAGGAAAGCAGAGAUAAAUGACAAUCGGGACACCUGCAAAACUAGCAAGAAUCAGAUGAAGCAUGACAUACUGUCAAGAUUUAUUGAGCUAAGUGAAGACCCAGAAAGCAAUUUAACUGACAAGAGUCUCAGGGAUGUUGUCCUGAACUUUGUGAUCGCUGGCCGUGACACAACAGCUACAACUCUGACAUGGGCCGUAUACAUGAUAAUGAGACAUGCUCAUGUAGCUGAAAGGCUUUACUCAGAGCUCAAAGCAUUUGAAAAAGAGCAAGCAAGAGAGGAGAAGAUUUCAUUGCUUCCAAUUGAUGUCGAAGACCCUGAAUCAUUCAGUCAAAGAGCAGCACAAUUUGCAGGUCUGUUGAAUUAUGAUUCACUAGGGAGAUUGUAUUAUCUGCAUGCGGUGAUCACAGAGACACUCCGCUUAUAUCCGGCAGUUCCUCAGGAUCCCAAGGGCAUCUUGGAGGAUGAUGUCUUGCCUGAUGGAACCAGAGUAAAAGCUGGAGGAAUGGUUACUUAUGUUCCAUACUCAAUGGGCCGGAUGGAGUAUAAUUGGGGCCCUGAUGCAGCUUCAUUCAAGCCUGAGAGAUGGCUCAAAGAGGGUUGCUUCCAGAAUGCAUCUCCAUUCAAGUUUACUGCAUUUCAGGCAGGGCCAAGAAUAUGCCUCGGAAAGGACUCUGCCUAUCUCCAAAUGAAGAUGGCAUUGGCCAUUGCGUGUAGAUUUUUCAAAUUCCAUUUGGUGCCGGAUCAUCCAGUAAACUACAGGAUGAUGACUAUUCUAUCAAUGGAGCAUGGCUUGAAGCUCGCAAUAGCCAGACAAUCUUGAGAUGGCUAAUGGUUACUUCGGGUUAAAAGUUAACCAUUACAUAUUGUCCAAAUAAUGUACAAAAUUUACUUGGAUUUUGCAAGCAAUCAGCAAUCAACUAAGACAGUUAACAAUCUGAUUUUCGUACAAAGAUAAAACAUGGGAUAUGUACUCCUGGACUCCUCAUAAGUGGACUCCUCUAAACUGUUCUGAUAAGGGCAAAAGGUUAUUAUCCCUUCUGAGACCAGAUGCAUUAUUAAACUGCUGAAUCACUUAUGAGAGAGAGAGAACAGAUGUUGCAGUAGCGGUCUAUAAGGGACAGGCUCCAUGUAUCAAUAAAUGUCAAAACCAAAAGAGUAAGUGAAAAAUAAAACAAUGGUUUCAACAUGCAAAUCCUUCCAACUCUGGCAAACCAGAGAUUAAAUAUUUGAUAUCUCCCAGCAGAUUGACAUAAGAAAAAGAAAGAAGGAAAAAUCAAAGUGUGAAGGAAAGAGAAUGAUAUGAAAA